CGGGACGCAGGAUGCGCUCCGAGGGCGCGGCCCCCGGGCCCGCGGCGCCGCUGUGCGGGGCGCUGAGCCUGCUGCUGGGCGCGCUGCUGGGCAAAGUGAUAGAGGGUCACGGGGUCACAGACAACAUUCCGAGAUUCUCCUCGCUGCCACCUUACCUCCCUGUGAGCUACCACGUCCUCAGAGCAGAGACCUCCUUCUUCCUGAAGGAGGCCAGCCAGGACCUACUGCGGAACUCCAGCCUGCGGGCCCGGGUGGAAUCCUUCUUCACCUACAAGACCAAGCAGCCCCCAGUCCUGAAUGCCAGCUAUGGACCCUUUUCCGUGGAAAAGGUUGUGCCUCUGGACUUGAUGCUGACUUCAAACUUUUUAGGCCCAACCAGUAAGUUUAGUUUUGACUGGAAACUGAAAGCCCACAUCCUACGAGAUCAAGUCUACCUGAGCCGGCCCAAAGUGCAGGUUCUGUUCCACGUCGUGGGCAGGGACUGGGACGACCAGAGCGCCGGGGACAAGCUGCCAUGCCUGAGGGUCUUUGCUUUCCGAGAGACCAGAGAGGUGCGGGGCAGCUGCCGGCUGCAGGGGGACCUGGGGCUGUGUGUGGCCGAGCUGGAGCUGCUGUCCAGCUGGUUCAGUGCCCCGAUGGCGGUGGCCGGGAGGAGGAGGCCCGUGGACCAGCCGGAGGGGACCCCUGUGGAGCUCUACUACACUGUGCACCCAGGAAACGAGCGAGGCAACUGUGCCGGGGGUGACUUUAGGAAGGGCAACGCCAUCCGUCCAGGAAAGGACACGCUGGAGGAACCCACGUCCCACCUGCAGAGGAUCGGCACCAUCCGCCUUCAUCGGGCCCAGGACAGCGCCCAGCUCAGCCAGCUGCGUUUGGAUGGUAACGUGGUCAUCUGGCUACCUUCCAGGCCGGUCAAGCAGGGAGACGUGGUCACGGCCUACGUCACCAUCUCCAGCAAUUCCUCCGUGGACUUCUUCAUCUUGAGAGCCAAGGUGAAGAAGGGGGUGAACAUCCUGAGUGCUCAGACCCGCGAGCCCCCGCAGUGGGGCGUCAAGCAGGAGGUGGGCAGCGGCGGAAAGCACGUGACGGCCACCGUGGCCUGCCAGCGCCUGGGGUCCAGCGCGCGCAACAGAAGCAGCAGUUUGUUCAAUGAGGUUGUGCAGAUGAACUUUGAAAUAGCCAGUUUCAGCAGCCUUUCGGGGACUCAGCCCAUCACAUGGCAGGUGGAAUACCCACGGAAGGGGACCACAGACAUCGCAGUGUCUGAGAUCUUCAUCAGCCAGAAGGACCUGGUGGGCAUCGUUCCCUUGGCUAUGGAUACUGAAAUUCUGAACACUGCCAUACUCACGGGAAAGACAGUCGCCAUGCCCAUCAAGGUGGUCUCUGUGGAGGAGAACAGUGCCGUGACGGACAUCUCAGAGGCGGUGGAGUGCAAGUCCACAGAUGAGGACGUUAUCAAAGUGUCUGACCGCUGUGACUACAUCUUCGUCAAUGGUAAAGAGAUCAAAGGCAAGACGGAAGCGGUGGUGAACUUCACAUACCAGUACCUGAGCGCCCCCCUGCAUGUCACCGUGUGGGUGCCCCGGCUGCCGCUGCAGAUCGAGGUCUCUGACACAGAGCUCAGCCAGAUCAAGGGCUGGAGGGUCCCCAUUGUGACCAGUAAGAGGCCCACUCGUGAGAGCGAGGAUGAGGACGAGGAGGAGCGGCGGGGCCGGGGCUGCGCGCUGCAGUACCAGCACGCCACCGUGCGGGUCCUCACCCAGUUUGUGUCCGAGGGCGCCGGCCCAUGGGGCCAACCCAGCCACCUGCUCAGUCCCGACUGGCAGUUUGACAUCACUCACCUGGUGGCAGAUUUCAUGAAGCUGGAGGAGCCUCACGUGGCCACCCUGCAGGACAGCCAGGUCCUGGUGGGGCGAGAGGUCGGGAUGACGACCAUCCAGGUGCUGUCCCCACUGUCGGACUCCAUCCUGGCAGAGAAGACAAUAACCGUGCUAGAUGACAAAGUGUCGGUGACAGACUUGGCCAUCCAGCUCGUGGCCGGGCUGUCUGUCGCCCUUUACCCCAAUGCAGAAAACAGCAAGGCCAUAACAGCUGUGGCCACCGCUGAGGAGCUGCUGCGGACCCCCAAACAGGAAGCUGUAGUCAGCACGUGGCUGCAGUUCAGCGAUGGCUCAGUGACGCCCCUGGACAUCUACGACACCAACGACUUCUCCCUGGCAGCCACCUCCCAGGACGAGGCUGUCGUGUCGGUCCCCCAGGCCCGCUCUUCCAGGUGGCCCGUCGUGGUGGCCGAAGGGGAAGGCCAGGGCCCGCUGGUCCGAGUGGACCUGACGAUCGCCGAGGCCUGCCAGAAAUCCAAACGCAAGAGCGUCCUGGCCGUGGGCACUGGCAACAUCAGGGUCAAGUUUGGACAGAACGACGCUGACUCCAGCCCCGGCAGGGACUAUGAGAAAGAUGAGAUGAAGAACCACGCCAGUGACCGCCGGCAGAAGGGUCAGCACCACGAGCGCACAGGCCAGGACGGGCACUUCUACAGCGGCGCUCCCGGGGAGCGCGAGGAAGGGGCUCUCCGGAGAAGCACCACCACGGCCAGGUCCCUGCUGGACAACAAAGUGGUGAAGAACAGCCGGGCAGAUGGGGGCAGGCUGGCAGGAGAGGGGCAGCUGCAGAACAUCCCCAUCGACUUCACCAACUUCCCGGCCCACGUGGACCUCCCCAAGGCUGGGAGUGGGCUGGAGGAGAAUGACCUGGUGCAGACACAGCGGGGCCUGAGUGACCUGGAGAUCGGGAUGUAUGCCCUCCUGGGGGUGUUCUGCCUGGCCAUCCUCGUCUUCCUCAUCAACUGUGCCACCUUUGCCCUGAAGUACAGGCACAAGCAAGCGCCCCUGGAAGGCCAGGCCUCCAUGACCCACUCUCAUGACUGGGUGUGGCUCGGCAAUGAGGCCGAGCUCCUGGAGAGUGUGGGGGACGCGCCGCCGCCCCAGGAUGAGCACACCACCAUCAUAGACCGCGGGCCAGGGGCCUGCGAGGAGAGCAACCACCUCCUGCUCAACGGCGGCUCCCACAAGCACGUGCAGAGCCAAAUCCACAGGUCGGCCGACUCCGGGGGGCGGCAGGGCAGAGACCAGAAGCAGGACCCCCUGCACUCGCCCACCUCCAAGAGGAAGAAGGUGAAAUUCACCACCUUUACCACCAUCCCCCCGGAUGACAGCUGCCCCACGGUGAACUCUAUCGUCAGCGGCAAUGAAGAGGACAUCAAAUGGGUGUGCCAAGACAUGGCUGUGGGUCCCCCCAAGGAACUUAGAAACUAUCUGGAGAAACUCAAAGAUAAGGCUUAGGCCCCUCUAGCCAAAGGGCCCUGCCCCGAUGCCUUCCUUGUACUGGAAACUGGUCCAAGUGGGGCAGAAGGAGUUGUCAGCCAGGUUAAGAAGGGAAGGUCUCGGGCGCCAUGCUAGACCAGUUGGAAAGUUUUGAAGAAGUCGGGAAAGGACAUUUUUGUAUCAAGGGAUUUUCAGCAGUCAAUGAUGGUGGAUGUUCAAAGGUCAGGAGAAUAAAGUCUGGGCCAUGGGGAGUGCAGACCAAGCAACUGAACUGCACAAGCAAAAUUAGGAAGGUUAUUUUAUGAGUCAAAACAUACUACAGACAAGCUACCAAAAAUUAUUUGUUAAAAAAAUGCAAAAAGACAAAUAAAAAAGAGAUAGAAAUAAUCAUCUGUUUAUAUUUCUAAUAAAGGAGCAAAAUAUAAAAA